AUGUCUUGUGAUAAUGCCAAGGAGAAUGCAUCUGUUGUUGAUUCGUCUCUGACUGAUUGGAAACAAGAUAGAGCAAACUCUGAUGAUCCAGAGAGUUCAAGUUACAUAAGCAAAGAAGAUCGUAAACAUUCCAAGGUAGAAGUCGAACGCAGUAACUUUACUGAUCAUCAUGAAAGCUCUAACGGGAACAAGAACAGUAAAAAACCGGGGUAUCAAACGAGAUACUUCAUCAUCAAAAGUCUAAACUACGAGAACAUUCAACUCUCGGUCGAGAAAGGGAUUUGGGCUACUCAAGUCAUGAAUGAGCCAAUCUUGGAAGGUGCUUUUCAUAAUUCUGGUAGAGUGGUUUUGAUUUUCAGCGUGAACAUGAGUGGAUUCUUCCAAGGGUAUGCAGAGAUGUUGUCUGCUGUUGGUUGGAGAAGAGACCAGAUAUGGAGUCAAGGAGGUGGCAAGAACAAUCCCUGGGGACGUAGUUUUAAAGUGAAAUGGUUGCGGUUGAGUGAAUUGCCUUUUCAGAAAACACUUCAUCUCAAGAAUCCUCUGAAUGAUUUCAAGCCUGUCAAGAUUAGCCGAGAUUGUCAGGAGUUGCCGGAAGAUCUUGGUGAGGCACUUUGUGAGCUUCUUGAUGAAAAUAGCUGUGAUGAUGGGUUGUUGAAUAGCUCUUCUAGGGAUGAUUAUUCAACGAAAAGGUCUCUUGUAGAACUUCCAUCUUCCUCAGGAGACGAAGAGUAUAAUAACAAUAUGUGGGGCCAUACGCCGAUGCCUUACCCUAACCAGGACGAUCUCAGCAGAUUCCAUUUUGCACAGCAGAGAGGAGGAUAUGGAGCGCAAGAAAAGACUUUACGUUUCAACUCAUGGGGUCUGCCUUUGGAGAGCCCUCUCGCGAGUUCCUUAACCGAUGAUGAUUUUCUUAACAUGUCUUAUGAAGAAUAUCUUGACGCUCACAGCAGAUGCAUGAAACAACUUGGUCUUCCUGUCAGUGAUUCCACAAUCACGGGCCACACAAGAGCCAUCAAAAGUAAUGGUUCUUCGAAAGACCACCGGCCAUCAUCAGGAAAGAGAGGACGGGAUUCAUCAUAG